GCCGGGCCCUGACCCCUCUCUACCCUGUGAUGUGUCACCAGCUGUCUCUGAGCAGGACGUCCCGUCUCUACAUGGACAUGAGCUGGAGGUAUUUCUGGUAUGCUGCUGCCGCUGCUGGAUCCCUGCACCGCUGACGUUACAUUACGUGUCUAUACUGGGAUCGUGCGUGCACCGGGGGGGAGUCACAUCUUCCCUGAGAGCAAUCGAGUCAAAUACUGACUUGAACACGUAAGUUAGUGAAAGUUCACCAUCUUUGUCCGGUGGGGAUUCAAUCCGGGGGAGGAGGAGGGCGUGGCUGCGGUGAUGACGGGCUGUGUUUAUGUCAAACCUCGCAGCAAACGCUCGGUCACCAGACGAACCUUCAGCGCGCGGACAGAAAACGUGUACCGUAGUGUCACCCCCCGCCUGGGUGCCAUGGUCGUCUGUCACACAUGAGCUCUACUAUGUGGUACAUCAUGCAAAGCAUUCAAAGUAAAUACUCUUUGUCCGAGCGGCUCAUCCGCACCAUCUCAGCCAUCCGCUCAUUCCCACAUGACAACGUGGAGGAUCUCAUUCGUAAGGGAGCUGAUGUGAACCGGAUGCAUGGCACACUAAAGCCCUUGCACUGUGCGUGUAUGGUCGCCGAAGCUGACUGUGUGGAGCUGCUGUUGGAGAAGGGGGCAGAGGUGAAUGCUUUGGAUGGAUACAACCGCACUGCACUUCACUACGCUGCAGAGAAGGAUGAGAGCUGUGUGGAGCUGCUGUUGGAGUAUGGGGCCCAGCCCAACGCCCUGGACGGCAACAAAGACACUCCACUUCACUGGGCCGCCUUCAAAGAUAACCCAGAGUGUGUGAGGGCCCUGCUAGAGAGCGGGGCCUGUCCCAAUGCCCGGGACUACAACAAUGACACUCCUCUGAGCUGGGCAGCAAUGAAAGGCAACCUGGAAAGUGUCAAAGUGCUUUUAGACUAUGGGGCCCAGGUACAUGUGACCAACCUGAAGGGCCAGACUCCCAUCUCCCGACUGGUGGCCCUGUUGGCCCGGGGCCUGGGUACUGAACAGGAGGAGGAGUGCCUUGACUUGCUGUGCCGGGCAGCAGGGCGGUUUGAGAUCCGAAAGGCGGACGGCACCCUUCCCUGGGAGCUGAGUAAAGACCCCCAGCUGCUGGCGAGGCUGACCAACAUGGUGGCUCAGGCUCCCACUCUGCGCUCUCUGGCGCGCUGUGCUGUCCGACAGAGUCUCGGAGUGCAGUUCUUCCCUGAUGCUGUAAAAGAACUUCCUUUACCAGAGACAAUCAAAGACUAUCUUCUGCUGAGAGAGUGAGGGGAUGAAACCACUACAUGAUCAUUAGACAACUCAUCGCACAUUUACUGGCAAGAAAUAGUUCCCAUUUAGUUAUAGGGUGAUGGCUGACAGUGGCCCUCAUUUAUCAAACUUUUUGCAAAUCAGUACAGAUUUAUGCACCUGCAGGAAUGAACAAAACAUUUUUGAAAUUAUGUAGUGCACAACAUCUACCUGAGCUCUAAAUUUCUUAUCCCUCUUUUUUUGUCGAACGAAAAUAAAACAUAAUUUAGGAGUAAUUUCUGCAAUGAUGGACCUAAUCAUUGGACUUCUUGAAGCUAAGUGUGUCCCAUCACCCAAGCUUUUUCAAUGAGUUCCAACAGAGCCAUUGAUCUUUGCAAUGCCAAAAUUUACUAAAUGUAUUAAAUAUUCAUUUUUUAAACUUAAAUAUGAGGGGGAAGUAAUUAUGCUAGUAUGCUAUUGUUGCUUGAUGAUGGAAAAAAGUUAAAUAUUAAGUUUGUUGGUAAAACUAGGAUGUAAGAUUAAAUUUGAAUGUAAGUUUAGGAAUGAGGGCUCGUGUCUAAUGUUUCAGGUUGUCUAGUAAUUCAGUCAGAGGAUGAGACCCUGAUGUCUUGCUCUGGAGAAAAUAUUGAGUUGUUUGUGUUAGAGUUGGAGUGGCCAUCUUUGUCCCAGUGCAGAAAAUUUUGCAAAAACAAGGAAAAAAAGAUAACUAACAGAAAAAAAUAAUUUUAUCUAUGUAUGUAUAAUGUAUAAGCAAAAAAAUGUCUCAGAAUAUUAUCAUUUGAAUGUGCCAGGCGGGCGUAUCUUAACUCCUUCUAAUUUUCACUGACGUCAACAUGCCUGCUGUCAUAUGUGAUUUAGUAUUUAUUUGGGCUCUGUUUUAUUAAAGGAGUUGCAGUUGCCAAGAUGGAAUAAAAGUUGUUUUUUUAAAAUAUAUAUACAUUGUAUGUUUCCAGUUAUAACAGGCAGGAGUUUGGGUUUUCGAUGGGUGCUCACAGGUCCGACAUUUUGCAGCAUAUGUUUAUAUUCUGUUUUAAAUUAAAUGUUUAAAUGUUAGAACCAUGAAAUGACAUGAUUACUAAGUUUUCCUUGGAAAGAUUCACUAAAAUAGCUUGCAAAAUGUGUUAAGUUUGUAAAAGUAUCUGUAAAUUCUCACCGCUUCUGUGCUUGAUUUUGUUUUGCUUGUUCUGCAGAUGUAUAAAAAUGAACCUCUUCCAUCAUGUCUUGUGUGCACCUGCAAAAGUGCUUUUUUUCUUCGUCAACGUAAUGAAAGUAAAUGCCUUUAUAUUCCAUUCAUUUUUUUAUCUC